GUAUGUAUUAUAGGGUCUUUUUUAGGACCAUUUUGCUCUUGCUUUUAAACCAGACAGUCUGUCUGUACAAGGCUGACAAUAAAUAACUCUCUCGAGUGCUGUGGAGAGAUGGAAACUGCAGCUGAGAAAUGAUUUUGGGGAAAGGAAGACAGAAAAGCACAAGCAAACUAUUAUGGAAGUACAAAUAGACCUCUAAAGGAUCAGCAAAUGUACCAGGUAUGGAGUCUGGCUGUAGUCCCAGCAAGGGAGAUUUCUCUUCAGAGAAAACCUGUUAACCAUUUGGAGGGACUACAUGUGAAUAAGACGGAGUUAUUAGAAAAAGCUCUGCUUCAGGUUUAGUCUCCCAGUGGGGAGCAUCUUUGGUGAUCUGCAAGACCAUCUCUACUAGAAAUGGAUAACUUCACAAAUGGGCAGCCAGGCCCAGGUCAGAGGAACAGGUUGAUAGGAUUGCUAGAAACAGAUGACAGUAUCCAGGAUGAUAAACCUGCAUCUAGUAAAAAAGGAGAAAGAUCAGGGCUACAUGGAAAGAAAGGAGAGCCACGGCCCUUGGAGACACCUUAUCAGAAGGAGAGCAGUGACUUUCCUCCUAAAGUCAAGAUUAAUCUGAACUAUCGGCCAGGACUUGUCAGCAACCAAAAGGACCCCAAUCGCUUUGACAGAGACAGGCUCUUCAGCGCAGUCUCAAGGGGCAGCCCUGAGGCACUGGAUGGUUUACUUGAGUACUUAAGGAGGACCUCCAAAUUUCUCACCAAUUCUGAAUAUACAGAUGCAAAGACUGGGAAGACCUGCUUAAUGAAAGCCCUGUUGAACCUAAAAAAUGGAAAGAAUGACACAAUCCCACUUUUGCUGGAAAUAGACCAAAAGACACAGAAUCCCAGGCCGCUUGUCAAUGUGUCAUGCUCUGAUUGUUACUACAGAGGUCAGACAGCACUCCAUAUUGCCAUAGAGAAAAGGAGCCUAGAUUUAGUGAAACUUCUAGUAGAGAAUGGAGCUGAUGUCCAUGCCAGAGCCCAUGGUGAAUUCUUCAAGAAGAAGAAAGAAGGCGUUUACUUUUAUUUUGGUGAACUUCCCCUCUCCUUGGCUGCUUGUACGAACCAGCUUGAGGUGGUGGAAUAUCUUCUAAACAAUCCCCACCAGAAAGCCAGGCUCCAGGAGCAGGAUACACAGGGCAACACCGUCCUCCAUGCCCUGGUGAUGAUUGCAGAUGACACUGAGGAGAACACAAAGUUUGUGAGCACAACAUAUGUUGAGAUAUUGAAGGCAGGUGUGAAGGUUGACCCAACGUGGAAACUGGAGGAGAUAGUGAACUAUGAUGGAUUAAAUCCUCUGCAGCUUGCUGCCAAGACAGGCAAAGUGGAGAUCUUCAAGCACAUCAUCCAAAGAGAGAUCAAAGACCCAGUGUACAGGCAUCUGUCACGCAAGUUCACUGAAUGGACCUAUGGACCUAUCCAUGUGUCUCUCUAUGACUUAUCCUCUAUAGACAGCUUUGAGGAAAAUUCUGUGCUGGAGAUUCUGGCAUACAGCAGUGACACACCGAAUCGGUACAAGAUGGUGGUUUUGGAGCCACUGAACAAACUGCUUCAACAAAAAUGGGAAACAUUUGCUUCCAAGAGAUUCUACUUCAGUUUUGUUUCAUACUUGUCAUUCAUGAUCAUCUUUACAGCCAUUGCGUACUACCAACCCCUACGGGUAAAGCCUUCGUUUCCAGUGGAGUUCACGGCUGGAGGCUUCCUGUGGGUCUCUGGACUGAUCAUUAUCUUGCUAGGAGGUGUUUAUCUAAUAUUUGCUCAGAGCCUGUACUUGCGGAGGAGACGCCAGUCCCUGAAGACUAUGUGUUCUGACAGCUGCAUUGAGAUCUUGAUCUUCAUCCAGGCUUUCUCAUUGCUACUGUCAGCAGUCCUGUAUGGUGCAAGUUCAGAAAACUAUGUGGCAGUGAUGGUGUUCUCCCUGCUUCUGGGAUGGGUGAACAUGCUGUAUUACACUCGGGGCUUUCAACGCACUGGGAUAUACAGUGUCAUGAUACAGAAGACUAUCCUGAGAGAUCUGCUGCGUUUCCUCUUGGUUUAUAUGAUCUUCCUCUUUGGCUUUGCUGCAGCUCUGGUUACGCUGAUGGGGGAUGCUCCUUCGGUCUCUCAGAACAAGUCUCUUGCUCAGAUGGAGAGCGCUGGGAGCCAUGCUAUGUAUGGCGGGCUGCUUAGCGUCUCCCUGGAGCUCUUCAAGAUCACCAUUGGGAUGGGCGACUUGGAGUUCCAGGAACAUGCCAGAUUCAGAUACUUCGUCAUGCUCCUGCUGCUUCUCUUUGUGAUCCUCACUUACAUUCUUUUGCUCAACAUGCUGAUUGCGCUCAUGAGCGAGACUGUCACAGAUAUUUCUGGUUAUAGCAAAAGCGUCUGGAAGCUGCAGAGGGCUAUUGCUAUUCUAGAAAUAGAGAAGGCCUGGCUGUGGCGCCAAGGUGGGAAGAGGAGAUCUGGCUGCUUCAUGUCAGUGGGCCUCAAUAAGAAAGAUGAGAGAUGGUGUUUCAGAGUAGAGGAAAUUAAAUGGACGAAUUGGGCAAAGGAGGUGGGAGUUCUUAAGGAAGACCCUGGAAACACCAGUGAUUCAGAAAUAAAUCCAGAAGAGACAAGAUCAUGGAAACGGAUGCCACAGAAACAGCUGAGAUCAGCUGUUCCAGAGGAGCAGUCACUAUUGCAGCCCCAGCUAUCUGCAACUGAGAUGAUGCCUCUAGAGGGACAAACCAGAAAUCUUUAGCAGGUUUUCUGGAUUGCAACCUUGCUUCCAACUUCAAAGGAGUAGUUCUUCCUACAGCAGCUGGAAGAAUUGAAGGCAUUAUUGGUGUUAAAAGUGUAUUUCAUCAAAGACUGUGGUUCAGCCUGUGGCUUAAAUAUUUUCAUGCACUUUAAUCAUUAACUUCCUCUGAAGAAACUAUUUUUACUCAACUUUCUCUGCCUGACACUUUCUUAUUACUAUGUCUAAAGGUGCAAGAGCAAGAUCAUACGGGCAGUGCAGAGUUGUCUUUGGGAAGGCAGUGCUUCUUUCUGAGCUGUAUAGAAAUAACGCUGUUUGCCAUAGAGAAGCAAAGGAUGGAGUGAUCUAUCUAAGAAUGGGUUGACUGUUAUUUUUGGGUACAAGAGACUGUACUGAAGUGCUUUGGAAUAAAGAGUGUUGUAGAGGCAUAAAAAGUUGCUAAGGAUGGAGUUGGCUUCUGUG